AUAAAUAAAUAAAAACGGAUAAACCUACAACGUUAUGAGUAAAAAUGCACCUCCAAAAACAGCUGCAGUAGAUUUAUCCCGUUUCUGUAAAAGUACUUUUACCCUUACUUUUGCCAUCGAAGUUCUUGGUAUAGAUGUCUGGCAUGAUUGCAAUGAGGGUUGGCUUGAUCUUGGUCCUUGUGCUCAAGGUAUGAAAAUUCAGUAUCAGCUCUAUCCUGGGCAGAACUUUGAAGUGGAUAUUCUGAUUUGGCCUCAUGCAGCUAAGAUAUGGUGUGGAAGUCAGUAUGGAUGGGUCAGGACUUGGCAAUUUUUGGAGCGCAGGUUUCUGACAUUCUCUAUUACACACAUAUACCCAGUACGUGUAAUGGAACUGCGAAACUUCACGGCCACCAUCACGCCUAUUGUUGGAAUGGGUAGUCUUGGUGCAAACGCCAAAAACGACAAGAACGUCGAAGUGUUUCUUCCUUCUCUCAAGUUCAACGAGUCACGAUACUUCGCUCCAGUGGUGGAAGGCGAGGAAUUGAGCCUAACGGAGUUUAUCCUGAAGCUAGUAUGGGAGCCAGUCGCAGCGCACAUACCUGCAAAUUUUAUGGACAACUUGUUCGAUAUUCCGCAAGUUGUUACUGAUGUGAGGCACCAAGAUACAAUAAUGUUCCACGUAAAAGAAGCAAUCUUAAAUACAAACAAAAUGCCUGAAGAAGAAAUCCCGGAGCCAGAGGAGCCCAAAAUGCGGGAUCGUAGAGAGUCGAAAGUAAUAAAAAAGGAGGAGAAGAAAAAAGUCGCUGAAGUGCCUAAAGUGAAGUUCGAAGUCAAACUGCAAGGCGACGCUAUUCUUGCUGGUAUUGGGAGAGUCGUACCUUUUGAGAAAAUCGGCGAUCGCCCGCCUGACCUUGGUGAAAUAAUCGCUGUAAUAAGCAGUAACAAUUUACCUGCUCAAGAUGAUAUGCCAGUAUUCUUUAUCAACGUUGAGGGCUUAUCAGAGGUUCCUGUGGAGAGUCUGAAGAAAUUGAGGAUAUCACAGAUCUAUACAAGAUGGGUUCUUGGCGACGAGGUGCACGAUUCUGAGCCACAGAAUGUACGCUCCAUCAAGAACGAUGUAAAAUUCAAUGAUCACCACGCCAUGCCAAUGGAUCCAAUUUUCGUGCCGAAUGUCAUGGCUCAGUUUUUGGAUAUUCAUUUUGAAAUUCAGCUUCGAGGCAUACGACUGACUCCUGUAUCAAAGGAGCAUCCCAAAUUUUUUGGCUAUCAAAAAGGUGACCACGAUUUCGGUGCUACGUCUCUCCGAAAACAAACGAAUGAAGAUCUGGAUUUCCUCAUAGCGGUAACAAAAAUUGACGGGCGGUGUUUUAGUCGGGGAGUCAAUAAAUUUUUGAGAGGAGAGUAUCCAUUGUUUCCACCAGUACCUUCUGUGGUUAAUUUGGAGCGAGAAGGGAUUUGUACGAACGACAUUAAUCUCAUAAGGGCCCCGUUGACCCCAAACCUUGUUGUGCCCCCACACAUGAUUUUGCAAGCUCAAAUGACAUUGGAAGUGUCGAUGGGAUUAGUUGGCUGUAAACCUAAGAAACGAUCUGAUACCUUUUCAAGAUUAUACUCUGUCGUUCAUGACUCAGAAUCCAUUAUCGCUAUAUUGAAACAAAUAACAGAAAUAAAUGAAGAGAUCUUGCAGUCUGAAGAAAAAGAAAACUUAUUGACUGGAUUUAGUCUAGAUGCAGGAAAUAUUGUACUGCUUUACGUAGAGGGUCCAAGUGAUCACUAUAUUUUAAAGGUUUGGGAAAUGACUGAAGAUUUGUAUCCAAAAGUGAAGCCUGUAUUUUCUACUUCUGCCAGAUAUCCUUCGAGACUUUAUCCUGAACUGCUUGAAGCUGCUAUGCCAUUCUAUAUCUUGAAGAUGUAUGUCCCAAUGGGAGUGCUUUUGGCGUGUCCCCCGGUGUACGCUCGCCCUGCUUUGCCGCUGCCUACAAGAUCUGCUAUAUUGAAGUUGGGGAGGUUAAUUUCUGGGAAAAUGCGGGUGGCACCGUGCAGAUUCGAUAUGCCCACCGCGGCUGAACUGAAGAGCUUUAGAUUGGAGCUGUGCGUUACGCCGAAACCUGUCAUGUUUGUACCACCCGAUGAAUCGCAAAAAAAUGUGCAACCAAUAAUGUCGCUGCAAAGAAUCAAUUGGGAUAAAUAGAUUUCAUUAUUAUAGUUGGAAUAAAAUAUUGUUCGAAAAAUACAAUUACAUAAA